UUGAAGUGUCGUCUUUGCGACGGUAGCUGUGCAGAAAAUUUUCUAAUAAAUUAUAAAAAUAUACCUUUUAUAAAAGGUUUAAAAUGUCUCUAAUCACUAGAAAUGUUUUCCGAGCCCUUGUACAGGGAUCACAGCACGUCGGCAAAGGCGUCCACACUACGGCGAUAAACAAGGAUAAAAACGUAUGUUUUGCGCAACACACAAUCAGCACCCUGCAAACUAAAGAGGGUCGCAUAAAAUGCACCCUCAUCCCCGGAGAUGGUGUGGGACCAGAAAUGGUUUACUCUGUUCAAGAAGUCUUCAAGGCGGCAAAUAUCCCAGUGGACUUUGAGUCGUUCUUCUUUUCAGAGGUCAACCCUACAUUGAGUGCCCCACUUGAAGAUGUUGUCAACUCUAUUGCAAAGAACAAAAUCUGUAUUAAGGGUAUUCUAGCAACUCCGGAUUUCUCUCACACGGGUGAGUUGCAGACUCUCAACAUGAAGUUGAGGAAUGCAUUGGAUCUGUACGCUAACGUGGUCCAUGUGAAGUCUCUGCCCAACGUGAAGUGUCGCCAUCAUGACGUGGACUGCAUCAUAAUAAGAGAGCAGACUGAAGGGGAGUACUCCGCAUUGGAACAUGAAUCUGUGCCCGGUGUUGUGGAAUGUCUGAAGAUAAUAACAGCGGCGAAGUCGGAGCGUAUCGCGAAGUUUGCGUUCGACUACGCCGUGAAGAUGGGCCGCAAGAAGGUGACGGCGGUGCACAAGGCCAACAUCAUGAAGUUAGGCGAUGGUCUCUUCUUACGCAGCUGCGAAGAGACUGGAACAGGUAGUAAGUGUAGGUGUACAAUACAGGGUGCUCGGCACAUCUUCUCGGGCGCGGUGGGGAAGAACAUCGCCAACCCCACCGCCAUGCUGCUCUGCUCCGCCAACCUGCUGGCGCACGUCAACCUGCACUCCUACUCCAAGAUGAUCAAGAACGCCAUCAACAAGGUUCUGACAGACGGUAAGGUAAGGACCAAGGACCUCGGAGGUCAGUCGACCACCAAAGACUUCACCUAUGCGGUUAUACACAGCCUCGCUUGAGUAAAACAUAGCUGAAAAAUAGAGUUUUAUAUAAGGAUAAUUUAUUUAUUUCAGUAUUUAUGAUCUGUAAUUGUUUUGACAUUGAAAAUGUUACCAUUGUAAAUAAAAAAAUUAAAUAUU